CCUCGUCGGAUCCGCGGACCUUUGAAACCUUAUGCUGGCCACCUAACCGUUCUCCUCUUUGUCCUUUGUCGCUGUCAACAAUUGUUUCGACCCCGUAUCAUACAACCUACCGUUGCUGUCUCGAAUCCCUCUAUCUCAUCUCGACUUCGCUUCCUGGUUCCUGCCGUCGCAUACUGGCUGGCUGGCCUGCGCGUGACUUGAACGCCUCAUAUUCACUCCCUUCGGUUCUGGCGUCGGCUUCUUUAUCCCGCCAAAGCUACCAGAUGAGGCUGAACACUAAGGAUCUCGAGACUUUGCGUUAAUCAUGGGGUCUUUUCUGAGGAGUUUCCGGAGAGAUGUGGGAUCCGCCACUCCUUCGGUCGGGGCGACUCCCGCGAAGAAAGAACCCCAGGCGCUUCCGAUGACCCCGCUGGAGAAAAUGCUGCAAGAUAUGGGUUCGGUCCGCGAGGAUGGUAGUGACAAGUUUUUUGGCAUGGAAAAUUAUGGUAAUACUUGUUACUGCAACUCGAUCCUGCAGUGUCUUUACUAUUCAGUUCCUUUCAGAGAAGCAGUCAUCAAUUAUCCCACACGGACGCCGAUAGAAAGCCUAGAAGCUGCGUUAGCGAAAAACCUCCGUUAUCAGAAUGCCGCCGCGAACCUGGAAGCUGAGGCACAAGCGGAGAAGCAGAAAGCCGCCAAUGCUCAGCGUCCGGGGGCACCUCCUAGUCAACCGCAGAAACCCGAGGACAAAGAGUCGCCGGAAUACAAGAAGAAAAUGGCGCUGCAGACACUACCACUACUAGAAACGAAAAAUAAUGCGGCCAGUUAUGGAAUGUCGGAAUCGCUAUUCACUUCACUCAAGGACAUCUUCGAGUCUAUCGUGGGGAGCCAGUCCAGGAUAGGUAUCAUCCGACCGCAGCAUUUUUUGGACGUCCUUCGCCGUGAGCAUGAAAUGUUUCGGUCGGCUAUGCAUCAGGAUGCUCACGAAUUUUUGAACCUCCUGCUCAACGAAGUAGUUGCAAAUGUAGAGGCAGAAGCAAUGAAGCAGCCGGUACCGAGCUUACCACCGCCGGAAACCGCGGAGUCAUCCGAACAAUCGAUCAGUUCAGGGUCCAAAACCCCCAACACCACGCGAUGGGUACACGAGCUCUUUGAGGGUACCUUAACGUCGGAGACCCAGUGCCUUACCUGCGAGAAAGUUUCCCAGCGUGACGAAAUCUUUUUGGACUUGUCGGUGGAUUUGGAGCAGCACUCGUCGGUGACAUCGUGUCUCAGGAAGUUUUCGGCCGAGGAGAUGCUCUGUGAAAGAAACAAGUUUCACUGCGAUAACUGUGGGGGGCUUCAGGAGGCGGAGAAGAGGAUGAAGAUCAAGCGCCUUCCUCGAAUCUUGGCCCUGCAUCUCAAGCGUUUCAAGUAUACCGAGGACCUCCAACGGCUUCAAAAGCUUUUCCAUCGGGUCGUCUAUCCUUACCACCUUCGUCUCUUCAACACGACGGAUGACGCAGAGGAUCCGGAUCGCCUAUACGAGUUGUAUGCAGUGGUGGUACACAUCGGGGGCGGCCCUUACCACGGACACUAUGUCGCCAUUAUCAAGACGCAGGAUCGCGGAUGGCUGCUCUUCGACGAUGAGAUGGUGGAGCCUGUCGAUAAGAACUACGUACGCAACUUCUUUGGCGACAAGCCAGGUCUGGCAUGUGCCUACGUCCUGUUCUACCAGGAGACGACCUUGGAAGCUGUGUUGAAGGAACAGGAGCUGGAGAACAUGAACUCAAACGUGGCCGAUUCGAACGAGGCUGCGGUGAAACAAAACGGCUCCGUUCAUCCCCCGGGAUUGGCUCAUGUCCAUAGUGCCUCGCAGAUCCCUACGCAUGAUGAACCCCAACGACACACGGGCCUCCGACGAGCCCCCACUGCGCCUCAACUACCCACACAUACAGAGCAUAUAGGUCCAGAGAGUGAUUCUUCGACUCCCCCAGUGGCCAUCCCACCUCCGGUCCCGCCGAUACCUGAAACUCAGAGCCGGCCGUUGAGCCCGAAAAAGAGUGACAUCCAGUCCAAAAAGGAGCGGGCCAAAGAAGAAAAGGAGCGCAAGGCGGCCGAAAAGGAGUUAGAGAAGCAGCGCCGGAAGGAACAAGAAACACGAGCCAAGGAAAAUCAGCGACGCGAGGAAGCUGAAUUGAAGGCUGCCCUCGAGGCCAGCAAGGCGUCCAAGGCAGAUGAAGAUCGACGCCACCCCCCAGAUAACGGAAAGGAUAGCGACUCGAAAAGGUCUGGCAACGGUCUCAGUCGUUUGAAACGGGGCAGCAAGAGCUUCAGCCAGCGCUUGGGCAAAGACAAAGAAAGCCGUGCUUCAUCGUCCGGUCUAUCUUCCGUUCCUAGUGCCGAGCCCCUAACUCCAAACCACGUGCCAUCUGAACACGCGCAGCCACUUUCACCUCGUAAAGCUUCUCCGAAGGAAUCGCACAUCGUCCACAAGUCUCUCGCGCACGAUGACGAGCAAGAUGCUCUCAAGAGUCCGAAGGGCGAUCGAGCCGGGCAUGGCAAAUGGCGGAGUUUCAGCAUCCGGAAGAAAUCGUUCAGCAUCCUUUCCUAAGAUGUGCUUUUCACCGAUUGCUCCAACCGCAUGCACACACAUACCAUACAUGUUCUUCUCGUACAUAUUUUCUGAUGUAUCAUCACCUUUCUCUUCACCACCGGAUCCAUCCUAUGUAUGGCGAUAUUGCUUGAUGCGCGUGUCUGUCGGCAUUGGAUGCUCUGUUUGAUGUUGGUCCGGUUCCUGUCUUAUUGCCCCCACCUUUGGCCCUGGCCUACAUUGUGAUGUCUUCCAAUC